UCAUUAGCCAUUUUAACAGCACUCCGUGCAUCCUUGACCGGAGAGGGGCCCCUGCGUAUCGCAGUCGGUCAGUGAGAAGAGGGCGGACUGCUGUCCUUCAUUUUAUUUGUCAUGCUAGAGUCUGCAUCCGCGGGAAAUGCAGAGGAAUGAGGCUGGCACAGCGCCUACUGCGGUCUGCACAUCACACUCCUAAAAUCACGCCUCGCUGGUUUGCACAGUAAUUGGUUUCGCUCACACGAGCUACAGCGGAGAGUUCACCUGAUUUAACAGGGCUAUCGCGACAAGUUGCUCGAGUGACGUCGCUGCGACUGGUUGACAACUUACAAUUGUCCCACGAUUACCUGAGGUUUUUCGCGCGAGCCUAAAUACGCACAGAAAGAGACUGCAGCACUGUCGCCACCACCGAGGGACGCGCUGCUUACCAGGCCAAGACUAAGUGAGCCAGUCUACCGUGGAGCUGAGAGCACGGGCAUUUCAGUCUGUGGAUGGAUGCAAGACAUAGGGAUUUGAUAGAUUCGACAUGGACCACAUAAAAAUCUGAGGUUUAGUGUAACAAACAAAAAACCCAACAACAACAAAACAAAACAGAGCAAAUGUUCUGAAUUCAUUUGCCUCCCUUUUGAGCUUCUUGUAGACCAGAAGAGCGGGACCACAGACUUCUUGCAGGUGGAUAAGCUGACUUUGUUUGCAAGUGGAAGAGGCUGUUUUUUUUCUAGAAGGCAGUGCUGGAAGCAAAGCUGUUCCAUUGUUAUUCCUGGCAUCGGCCGACGCACUAAAACCAUCAGCACUCUGAAAUUCAUAUUGUUUUUUUCUUUUUUUUGCGCAAGCGGUCGGUGCGCCCCUGCGUUUGGAUCCAAUGGGUUGUACGGUGAGCGCCGAGGAUAAAGCUGCUGCGGAGAGGUCAAAGAUGAUUGACAAAAACCUCCGAGAGGACGGGGAGAAGGCAGCCAGAGAAGUGAAAUUGCUUUUAUUAGGCGCUGGGGAGUCUGGAAAGAGCACCAUUGUAAAGCAGAUGAAGAUCAUCCAUGAAGAUGGCUACUCAGAAGAUGAGUGUAAGCAGUACAGAGCAGUGGUUUAUAGUAAUACCAUCCAAUCUAUAAUGGCCAUUGUUAAAGCCAUGGCCAGUCUGAAGAUAGACUACAGCAAUCCUGCCAGAGUGGACGAUGCCCAGCAGCUCUUUGCCCUGGCUGCAGCUGCUGAGGAACAGGGCAUUCUCCCUGAUGACUUGGCUAACGUGAUCAGGCGACUGUGGAGUGACAGCGGCAUACAGAGCUGCUUCGCAAGAUCGCGAGAAUACCAGCUGAAUGACUCGGCAGCAUAUUACCUGAAUGACCUGGAGAGGAUAGCUAAAACAGAUUACAUUCCGACCCAGCAAGAUGUGCUACGAACUCGGGUUAAGACAACCGGCAUUGUUGAGACUCACUUCACUUUUAAGGAACUCCACUUCAAAAUGUUUGAUGUGGGAGGCCAGCGCUCAGAGAGAAAGAAGUGGAUUCAUUGUUUUGAAGGAGUAACAGCCAUUAUCUUUUGUGUUGCACUGAGUGCUUAUGACCUGGUGCUGGCAGAGGACGAGGAGAUGAACCGAAUGCAUGAGAGCAUGAAGCUUUUUGACUCCAUCUGCAACAACAAAUGGUUCACCGAAACCUCCAUCAUCCUCUUCCUCAACAAGAAGGAUCUUUUUGAGGAGAAGAUUACCCGCAGCCCUCUUACCAUCUGCUUCCCCGAGUACGCAGGCGCCAACAAGUUUGAUGAGGCUGCCAGCUAUAUCCAGACCAAGUUUGAGGACCUGAACAAGAAAAAGGACACCAAGGAGAUCUACACCCACUUCACCUGUGCCACUGACACCAAGAACGUGCAGUUUGUCUUCGAUGCUGUCACUGACGUUAUUAUUAAGAACAACCUAAAAGACUGUGGUCUUUUCUAAAGGACAAAACCCGAGGCACACAGACUGCAUGAGUGACUGCAAUAGCCAUGAAUGAUUACUGCUUUUCAUAAUGAAAACCAUAAGAGAACUGAUUCCUAGAGGGGGAACCUGAAAGAACUUUAACAAUCACUGUUUUGCAACCAUCACGUUAUCUGUCUGAUCUGUUGUUAUUGUUUUUAUAUACUGUAUAGCUUACUGCUCCUUAUCAGGGGUUACUUGUACACAUAUAUGACCGAGAACCUUGUAAUUUGACAAAAACAAUCAAAUAACAAUUAAGGCACUUACAUGAAAAGAUCUGCUUUUUUAAUUGCAUUUGGAAACUGUGUAACUGUAUGUUGGCCAACUGGCCUUCAAUAAAUAAUUGUUGUAAGAGUAAAGUUUGACACAAUUAAGACCUGCCAUCUCAUUAUACCAAAUGACUAAAUCAAAACACUGGGAAAAAAAACAUGUUUUCCAUUUUCGUGGACCAGUUGGGGAACCUCUUGGUAUUUAUUUGACUUAUUCAGCAUUCUUUUAUAUUUGGAUCUCUUAUUGUGUUUUCCUUUUAGGUUUACAUUUUACUUUGCCUUUUACUUUUGAAUUUUAAUAAGAGGAUAAAGUCAAAUGAACCUUUUUUAUAAAAAUUCUAUUAACUUAUGUUAACUGGCAUUUUAUGAACCUUUUGACUGUAAACAGAAGUUAUUUUUUAGAAGAAAAACAACAAGCAUGGAGAAUGAAAAUGGAUGAAGGGAAAAUGUUUUUGUACAAUGUUUACACAGAAUCAAUAUUCACUCUUGUACUAUAGUGCAUUGUUCUGCAUGACUUGUCCAUAGAUUAGCCUGUAUUCCCCACAAACUGAUUAACAUUCCUUAAGUAACUUCUUAAAAGAAACAAAACAUAAAUGGUUAUGUGUCACUUUUAAGAUAUCUGCAAGAUUUUUAAGUGGUUAUGUCUGUUCCUAACAUGGAUCGUUCUGUACUUUUCAUUUCAAUCCAAGUCUUUUUACAUAUGUUUGUGCCUUGAUAUCUGUUUACACUUGUUCUUUAGAGACAUGCUAUCUUCAUAGUGUGAACUAGGGCUAUUUUUACUCCACUUCAGUUCACAUAAUCCGUCAUUUAGGAUGCACCACAAUACCAAGACAAAUGGAUGAUAGUUGUUUGUUAAGAUUAAAGUCAUUCACUUGUUAAACGUAAAUAAAGGUUUGGUCACAUGA